AUGCUGGAGGACGCGAGUCUUGCAGAGGUGACGCAGUUGAAAGAGGUCACGAGAUGGAUGCGGCGGCACCGCAUAGAUGGCAAGAAGGAGAAAGCACGGACAUUCGCUUUCGAGAAGCCGAGCGGGACGAAGUCAUUCAAAGCCAAAUGCGAUAUUGCAGAGCUGGAGUUGAGAUUCCCAGACGGCAGGUAUGCUGAGGCCAGCCUGCGCGGGACGUGGGUGUGGACCUGUGAUUCUGCUGAAAUGCUGCGCUGCACUUUGAAUGUCCGUGACGGCAACCGCUGGGAUGGUAAAGAUCAGCUCAAGAUCAAGAUCACGUGGAUCAGUGAGCCUCGCCAGGUCCCAUGGCGGAACAAAUGCGUUUUGCUGUACACCGGCGACAAGUCUAAUGAGGCAUACAUUGAACAGAAGAACCCGCACAUCCUGUAUGCAAUUACGCCUUGCAACGCUGACCUCUCUGACAUGCAUUUCACCCUGUCUGACCUUCACAUUGACAUGUCCAUCGGGAGGAUUGCUUCUGUUGCUUUCCCGCGCGUUGGCUGGAUUAGGAGGUGGAUACCUCCCGGUUUUACCUUCGAGCCCACAGCUUGUGCGCUGGAGCUUCAGAGGUUUCACCUCCUUGGAAGGUACAGACAUGGCUACCAUGGUACACAUCCCCUCUUUGCAAGGGGGAUUGCCGCGGAAGGCCCCAAGACUCCGUCAGAAAGAAAGGUGGAACCCAGGGAGGGCCACAUUCCACGUACAAGUCGCAUCGCAGGAGUGCCCAACUACUCUGAUGCGUUCUUCGCGUCGCCCUCGUACAAGCAAGCCAUGUGCCCCAGCUACGGGCAGGACACCAAGCGGAUUGGGGGACGCUGGUGUGUUGGCACAGGGUCGUGCGACGUGGAGGCAGGCACAGCCUUGAUUUGUGUCGUGCUCGUGCUGAUCCAGGAGGCCGCUUUGACAGAGAAUGGUGGCAAGCUUACAUUUCCAGGAACGAUGCCGGGAUGGAAGCACAGCGACAAAGACGUCAAAGCAGAGGACCUGGAGUACCGAGUUGCGAACCCAUGCAACGACAACAUCCUGGUCCUCGGUAUCUUGUACCGGCGUGUCAGACUGGAUGACUUGAAGGCAUUGGCUGAUCCCGAGACAAGGUAG